UUCUGUCUAGCGUAAGAAAUGUAACAGCAUUUUCCUAUAAAUACAACAUUUGUGUAUUUUAAUUAGAAUACAUCUGCUUUAGAGAUGACUGAUAUAUCCUAAAUAUUAAAUCUUUCACAUUGAACAUCUCGUGUUAAAGGUCGGAAUUCUUUGCUAACCUCACUUUUAAAUUAUCCGCAAAUAGGCAAAUUGGAGUUGUAAGCCUACUCAUGACAAGGUCAAUUUUCGUUUUGGGCAAAGUCCUUUAAAUCAAAAGUGUGGAUGAUUUAACAGAACAGGUGACUUUCAAUAAUCAUAAACUUAGCAACUACUUACGAUACGGGCGUAAUUAAUCAUCCGUCUCAGUUUAGACUAAAAAGCCAUUAUCAUUAGUCGCUAACAUCACGUAUUAACAAAACGGUUACUAUAAUUGCCAUUAGGGCCAAUUAUAUGAGGAUAAAUAAGCCGCUUCUUAUCACUUAUCAACAAAAUAGAUAGAUAUUGUGUUUGGCGUACACAGCUGUGCGUCGUUCCUCUUCAACUAUAAAUAUAAAUGAAUGAAAAACUGAAUCAUUGCAUAAUGAAAUUCUAUAGAGCUCUAAUUGGCUUAGCCAUCAUGGUAUAUGAGCCAUUAUACCAUGCUCUCCAAAUAUGGCAACUGUACGCGUCUGUUCAAACCUGAAAUUCGGUUAAUUGUUUUUAUAAAAAAGACGGGAAUAAUUCUCGAUAUUUUGUGGCCGUUUUUGAUAAAACAAUUAUUCCACUCGCCCUUGUUGGAUAUGAGAAGACUGGCGCGUAUCUACAAGAGAUGAUAAGCUCAGAGAAUGAAUCCCCCAUUUAAAAAACCCCUAGAUAAAAAGCUCGCAUUACUAUUCUAUUUGUGCUGGAAUUACCUUGGAUAUCAAAGAACGUCCUCUCCUCCAGAAAAUGUUGCUGACCGUUAAGAGACAUGAGAAAAAAAAUAUUGAGAAAUUAUAAUCUGACUGCGAGCUUAGAGACCCCUCAGAGGUACACGAGUCCUCGUGGGAUGGGUUUGGCCUAUUUAUGCUUCUACGUAGGGCUAGUAGUCGUCAUAGCUUUCGUCGCCUGAAUUCAUGUUUGUGCUUAUUCAGAAUUUUGGAGAAACCUUUAUUAUUUUGGUAUACAACAUGUGUAUAUCGGUAAUUAAACCCGCAUUCAUCUCAGUCAUUCAGUGUUAGAGUAGUUUAUGAAAGAAGGUAUUUCAACUUUCUAUAUUUUUUGCUGGUACAUGUAACCUUUUCCCGGUUUUCGUUGGCUACUGCAUUAGAUUAACUUGGGAAUAUGUUUCCAUAUGAUUUGGCAAUUUGUUUUCUUAGUGUUUUUCGUAAAUUGAGUGCACACGUUCUAGCGCAGGAAAUAUAACUUAAAGCGUUUUGCUGUAAAAUACAACAUUGAAUAACUUUUAUUUGGUUUGGUUUCGUGUUUGUUUUGUUUUUCCUUUGAAACCUUUUUAUCAAUGUCACUUGCGAUCGUUAUACUGGCUCGUACGAAUAUAUCGAAUGUAGAGAAGAGAAGUGUGACGUCAGGUUACCAAUCUUAGCAAGAGUUAUGGAUGUCAAUCAUCUUUCUUGACAGAGACAGCCAUUUACAUUGUCGAACGAUAGAAGAAGUAUCGGCUACUGUUUUGUUCCCGAGUGCAAUCAUGCACAGGUAAGUCAUAUAUGUCAAUUCUUUCUUCCUUUUUUUUCUGUCAUAUUUGCAGGAGCACGGUUUGUUGCGGGAUACAGAAAUUUUGCUACCAUGGCAACGUGACGUAAAGAAUUCCUCACUAUUCCGAGGGCAAUUUUUCGUGACCUGCAGCCAUAACUUGAUAGCUCAAGAACAGGUGACUUUCAAUAAUUAUAAACUUGGCAACUACUAACUACACCGGGCGACAUUCGUCAUUCGUCUCCAUUUAAACCAUUUAGUCGCUACCAUCACCAAGAGAGAAUAAUAACAGGUACUAUAAUUGCCAUUGUGGCUUUAUUAUAGUUGAGAUACACAAUUGCGUGUCGUAAAAUCCUCUUUUACUGUACAUCGGCGAGCCUUAAAAUUAAAACGUUUUAUGAUUUGUUUUAUUUUUGUUUGUUAGUUAGUUCGUUUUUUUCUAUUAACUCAUUUUCACUUGCGAUCAUAAUACUGGCUCUAACUUAAUUGAGUAUUCCAUGGGCGCUUUUGUGAACCAUCAGGCCUAAAUCGAUUUUACCGUACACGAGCAACUACUAACUGAAACUAUUAAAAACUGAAUCAUUGGAUAAUACAAUUCUAGAGUUCUGAUUGUCUUAGCCAUCAUAGUAUAUGAGCCAUUAUCCCAUGCUCUCCAAAAAUGGUAACUGCACGCGCCUGCUCAAAAAUUAAAAACAAGCUGAAAUUCGUUUGUUUUUACAUAUAAAGUCGGGACGAAUUCUCGAUAUUUUGGGGGCGUUUUUUAAUAGAACAAUUACUCCAAUCGCGCUUGUUGGAUAUAAGAUGAUUAUAGCCAACUCUGCGGUGCGCGUCUCGUUGGCUGAUCUACCAUCUUGUAUCCAAAGCGCACUUGUGGAAUAAUUGUUAAAUAAUUGAUCAGUCUUCUCCAUUUUAACUUUGGAUACAUUAGACGCUGCCAUCACUUAAUAACCAAAUUGAAUCAACAAUUGCCACUGUGGGUUUAAUAGCUGACAAACGCAAUUAUUCGCCGUUCCUAUUUAACUAUCUAUAGGCGAGCCUUUAAUUCAGUUUAAGGCUGUCAUGAAAAGUAUGGUAUUUCUAAAACAUUUUUCAUCUUCAGGUUUUAUGGAUUUCUGAUUAUUUUUUCCCGUCAGCUUCAGUAACAAGAGGAGGAACUGAGAACUCUGGAUUGGACUUCCAGUCACCAUUUUUUAAAGGUAGUCAGCCGUUAUAAGUGACCCUUGGGUUUUUUAAGUGAAGGGCAGUGUUUUUAGUGUCUAGCUUUCGCUUUGAAGUUUCUAUUGUAUUGUACGUGUAAUGUAUGUGACACAUGUAAUGUUCGACGGCAGAAUGGUGUUUUUGAAUUUCGUCUCCGUAGAUGAGCUCUUUCGACAGCCUCUUGCUUCUGAUAAUUCCUGUGUCACAGUUAUUAUAGUCAUGCUACUUGGCAUAAUUUUAUUUUUAAUUUUUUUAUUCUCAUGACAAGUUUGGUUGGGUUGUCGUUCUUGAAUGAUAACGCAUCGAGAAAAUCAGAAAGCUUGACAAAAAUCUUUUGUUCAAAAGCUUUGAUCACGAAUGAAAUAAAUUUCGUUCACUAUGAUUAGUAGAAGGCUACCUCUCUUUCAUGGCAUCCCUAGCUGUUCCGUACAAGCUCCUUUUCCACAGCGUUCAUACCGUAAUGCUUUAUUUUAAUAAUUAUUUUGGUAGAGUAUACAUUUAACCUUACGCAGCAACCAAACGUUUGAAUGAAAAUAGAACUUAAAAUGGAUAUGAAAUUUUUUUGAGAGCGCUUUUUCCCCAGAUGUUUUACUGGCUAAAAAAUAAGCAAAAGCAAAUUUAUGAAUUAAAUCAACUUCCUAAUAGGAACACGAUAACAACAUUUAGGCAUAUUAUUGUGUUUUUUGAUCAGUACAUAAGCCCCACUAGAACUUUUUAUCAAAAUAUUUAGUGUGCGUUAAGCUGAAUGAACUAUGCGGGUGUUUCAAUAUUUCAUUUGACGGAGUGAAAGCAUUUACACAGCAAUAAAAAUGCAGGUAUGUGGUCGAAAUUGGGCUUUACUUGUCUCAAACUGGACCUCUCUACGAUAUAAAGAAAUUUUGUCUGAUAAAAAAGGCGUUCCGUUUCUCUUUCACUAAUAAACAGGCAGCAGAGAACCUAGAAAAAAAGAAGUAAACUAAUAAAACUAGGCUAAAGAACAAAUCGCAAAAUGUGUGAGGGUCUCUCUUUUAGGUCGAAUGCGGCACUUGGCGACCAUCACUAUUAAUGCCUGGAUUGUUUAAAAUUUAAAGUAUUUCAUUUUUACGCAACUCCUCGAAAUAUUAAAUGCAGCCAAGAUUAUUCCUGGGGAAAAAGAAAAAAAGCAAGAGCUUCAGUUCUCCGGCGUGUCAUGUUGUUUUUAAGUCAACUGCUAACGUUGAUUAGUGGGACGUCAAACUUUAUCACUGUUCCGGUCGGUGCUUGUGACUAAAUUUUUAUAUAAAAUUUCUUGGAGUGUUAUUUUCUUUCAGACAGAGAGACCCGAAGUUUGCUCACUUUACACCGUAUAAUUCAGUGUAUCACAUGAAUAAUAAAGUGACUCUUAACGGUCUAAAUAAACGUUAAUCUUUUAUCUUACGCCAUCUCUUGAAAUUCCCAUUUCAAGAAUUUACCCGUGUAAAAAAAGGAAUUAACGAACUGGAGAUCUGAGAAGCACUGAGUCUCAGGUUAUAUAUAGAAAGCAUUCGUGUUCCUUUAAUUUAACGCCGCGUUCAAAACCGCUGAUUACUUCAGAAGAUUAAAUAAAAUAAAUGAGAAAGCUGAACAGAGAGGUUAGUUUGUGAACAAACAGCCAGCUAUGUUAUUGAGAGAAGGUAUAAAGGUUUUGUUUGUUCAUGCACCGCCUUUAGUUAUGUAUAAAUGGCUUCAUGAAAGUGAUAUGUCUUCCUACUUCUCUCUUUUUCAGACAUCUCAACCCACGCUACAGUUCUUUCGAUCAACAUCGUUGAUUAGUUAACAGACUCUAUGUGAAGAAAUCACUUUCCGGUCGUAAAAGUCUGAUAUCACCAAUUCAGUUCGAAAAGCACAUAUGGAGUGCGCCCUUAUCUAAGAAACGGUUUGACUAUUGGGUAACUGCAUAGGGUAUAUAACUGACGUAGGCACAAAGGAGAUUAACUAAAACAAUCUUGCAUUGAACUGACAGUUGAGUCCAUGCUGUUGUGGCAUAUAACUACAAAAAUAUGAGAACAGCUCGCAUUUAUUUCACAGCUUCUGUCCUAUUCCUUUCGUUACAUCUGUUCCAUCUCCAGCCUCGUGUGCACGGCUCCACAGCCACGUCAAAGGCAUCAUGGCAUCAAACGGCAACGCCUAACGUUUUAACUUCUCCAAACCCAGAUCUUGUUCCAGGAUGUGAGGGACCGGAUGCUCAGCUUUUCUCUUGCCGAGAUAAACGCGAGAAACGAACACAGUGGGACAGUCUAGAAAGAUUUAAAGUCCACUGCCAUUGCGAUCAAGCUUGUCUCAAGUAUCAUGACUGCUGUGCUGAUUACACACGUUAUUGUCAGCCAUUAAGUCCAGUACCUCAAGAAAUAAAAAAUGAAAAUUACACCUGCAUCAAGACAUCAACUUUGAACGUAGGGGCUGCAAGUGUUCUCAUGAUAUCAAAUUGUGCAGCGAAUUGGAAAGACGAAGAAGUGCGUUCGAAAUGUUUGGCAGGAACAAAUGCCAUGGAUCGCAACUUUUCCUCGGCGAACAUCUUAGAAGGCAUUCCAGUGGCAUUCAAUCUUACACAAGGACUCCAUUAUAGAAAUAUCUAUUGUGGUAUUUGCAAUAACGUGACGACUAUAUUACCUGUUUUUUGGGAGCUAAAAUUUCGAUGCAAAAUAAAUCCACCCCAAGGCUUCAACAGCACUCAAACAUUGGAGUACAUACUUACACACUGUCCAACAAGAGUCGUUCUACCAACAGAACAUUUUAAAAUUCGAACUUGCAUACCCAUGGUAUCUUCAUGUUCCAUAGAGAACCAAACUGAACACAAAGAUGGUUGUUUAAAGGGUACAAGUGGAAUUAUCUUUUUACCUUGGGAUUAUAAGCCUUACAAGAACUAUCACUGUGUGCUUUGCAAUGGAUUAUCAAUGAAAAACGCAAGAUGCGAUCCGUUUUUCAGAUUUCAAUUUGACAACUUUAAAUCAUUUGAAAUAGUCAUGCAAUUCAAAACGCCAACCAGUAACCAAAAGAAAACGAAGGUCACGAAAUUCCCCCCGACCUGUCCGCCAAACAAGGUUUAUGACCAACAUCUGAAAGCCUGCGUGACAGGCAACGUUUUAAAUUCUUUAAAAGCAAACAAGUAUCGCCUGAAAUUCUGGAUGCGUCCUUUGGAUGGUCGAAUGAAACCGGUGACAACGCACCAAUUUAGUAUCGCUCUUUCCAAAAUGUUUGCGCUAGAUCCUUCAAAAAUCGAAGAAAUAGUAAUAUCUUCCGAAGAUAAUUCCACAGCAGUCAGUUUCAGUUUGUACGCUGGGACUCCUUUCAGGAUAAAUGACGAGACAAAUAUGCCUUACAAAGACAACUUCAAUGUGUCUAUUUUCCUCAAUUUCAACAAAUCCUUUGAGAUCAACAUUAAUGACAAAACAUAG